CGUUAGCUCCACUACCGUAGACUUGCAAACAGUUCGGAGCGAGCGCGAGCGAGCCAGAGAGAGUGAGAGAGUGAGGGAGCGGGUAGGAGGGGACCUAGAGGAGACAGGGCAAGAAAGCAAAGGCCUGAAGACCAACGAUUUGAGACUGAAUGACCAUGGCUGUCUCCGCACCUCCGGUAAUCUCUGCAACUUCCAGCGGCGCAGGCGUCCCGGGGGGCUUGUUUCGGGCGGAACCCCUGUACUCGACUCCUGGAGAGCCUUCUCGUCUCACCCCCAGUAUGAUCAACAGUUUCAUGGCCAGUAACCACGGCUGCAGCGCCGGGGGUGGAGGGGUCGGUAGUACCAGCGCAGGCAGUAGCAAUACCAACACCGAGUGCCGGAUGGUCGACAUGCAUGGGGUAAAGGUGGCUUCCUUCCUGAUGGACGGCCAGGAACUGAUUUGCCUGCCGCAAGUCUUUGAUCUCUUCCUCAAACACCUGGUGGGAGGGUUGCAUACGGUGUACACCAAGCUGAAGAGACUGGACAUAUCCCCGGUGGUGUGUACUGUUGAGCAGGUCCGGAUCCUCCGCGGGCUGGGGGCCAUCCAGCCCGGGGUCAACCGCUGCAAACUCAUCACCAGGAAAGACUUCGAAACUUUGUUCACCGAUUGCACCAAUGCCAGAAGGAAGAGGCAAAUGACAAGAAAACAAGCUGUUAACAGUUCAAGGCCCGGCAGGCCUCCUAAGCGUUCUUUGGGAGUGUUGCAAGACAGUGCUCGCCUUCUGCCCCAUUCAGUCCCAGGACUCUUGUCACCAGGACUUAUCACUCCGACAGGUAUAACAGCUGCAGCAAUGGCUGAGGCAAUGAAGCUGCAGAAGAUGAAACUUAUAGCUAUGAACACUCUUCAGGGAAAAGGAAGCCAAAAUGGAACUGAAUCAGAGCCUGAUGAUCUUAAUUCUAAUACAGGUGGAAGUGAAUCCUCCUGGGAUAAGGAUAAGAUGCAGUCUCCUCUUGUUGCUCCUGGACCCCAACAUGGAAUUGCUCAUGCAUCCCUGGCUGGCCAGCCAGGCAUUGGAGGUGCUCCUACCCUCAACCCACUGCAGCAGAACCACCUGCUGACCAAUAGUAUGUAUACUGUCCUCCCAGAAUUUGGACUGGAUCUGCCAUUUAUGAUGAUGCCGCAUCCCCUACUUCCAGUCAGCUUACCUCCUGCAUCAGUUGCUAUGGCAAUGAAUCAGAUGAACCAUCUCAAUACUAUUGCCAACAUGGCUGCUGCAGCCCAGAUUCACAGUCCACUCUCCAGAGCUGGGGCCUCAGUUAUAAAGGAACGGAUUCCAGAGAGUCCUUCUCCUGCUCCCUCUCUGGAAGAGAGUCAUCACCCUGGGAGCCAGACCUCCUCCCACCCCAGCAGCAGCGUGUCCAGCUCUCCCUCUCAGAUGGAUCACCAUUCAGAGAGAAUAGUUAUGAUGCCCAACAAUAGAGAAGACCUUAUUGUUGAACAGGAUACUGGACCAACUAUCAAAAAAUUCCAAAGGGAAAAUAAAGAAGAGGUACCUGUUCAAAUUCCAAUGAUGAAGUCACCCUUGGACAAGAUCCAACUGACUCCUGGGCAGGCAUUGCCUCCUGGAUUCCCUGGACCAUUCAUUUUUGCUGAUAGUCUGUCCUCUGUGGAGACUCUGUUGACCAACAUUCAGGGUUUACUGAAAGUGGCUUUGGAUAAUGCUCGCAUUCAAGAGAAGCAGAUUCAACAAGAAAAAAAGGAACUGCGAAUGGAGCUCUAUAGAGAGAGAGAAAUUAGAGAAAACCUUGAAAGACAACUGGCAGUUGAGCUUCAAAGCAGAACUACCAUGCAAAAGCGCCUAAAGAAGGAGAAAAAAACAAAGAAAAAGCUACAAGAAGCCUUGGAAUUUGAAUCAAAGCGCAGGGAGCAAGUGGAGCAAGCACUUAAGCAAGCCACUACUAGUGACAGUGGACUAAGGAUGUUGAAAGAUACUGUGCUUCCAGAUAUUGAAAUAGGGAACACUGGAACUCCUCAUGAUAGUUCUGCUAUGCAAGCCUGAACACUGAUGCCGGAACUCCAACUGACCAUAGGCACGAAUAGGGUGCUGUAGCAGUUACCUGCUUAUCUAGUGUUGUAAUUCUUUGAAAUUCAUACUCAAAUUCUUAAAAUAUGGAACCAUUGAUUACUAUUUGUUCAUUACUGAUGAUUAGAACCUUGCACAUACAAGAAAAACGUGUUAGAGAAUGGGCUUCACAAUGUCUAGGGAAUAAUCAUAAUGAUGAUUGAACAUGAUACAUUACACUCUUAUAACCCUUUUCUUCCAUGCAGUUCAUAGUGCUUCAUAAACAUUAUCACAUUAAACCCGGAUCAUCCUAGUGGGGUAAGUAGGUGCAAGAAUUUUUAAGACACAGAAAAUGCUAUUUCUAAAUGGUGUGACAGAAAUGAAAAUGCAGACGAACCCAGUUUAAGCUGUAAUUGCUAUGAAAUAGCUUUAUAUUUGGAUGACCUGAGAUUUAAUAGGAAUUUAUGUGAGGAGGUAAUUCAUAUGUGCAAAUAAUCAAUAUUUAUUAUCAUUGCAUUGAAGAUCACCUUUCUAAAAGAAACACACUGCCUGUAGAGUUCUCUAAGGAAACAGAGAGAGCUCUAGUUUGUAGGUUUUUAUCACACCUAGUUCUUUCUUUGAUUUGUUGAUGGUAGAGCAAGGUAUUUAAUACCUUUCUUCUAGUUUGUUCCUUACAUGUAUAGAAGGCAACAAUAAAAACACAUACCUAAGCAGCAAAAAAAUACCCCUUUAUUAUUUUCUGCUAUCCUUCCAUCUUCAAUACUGUUUUCUCUUCAUUAAGCUAUCAACAAGUAAACAGACCAAGAAAUAUAUAUAUAAAUAUAAAUAUAUAUAUAUAUAUAUAUAUAUAUGGAGAAAGGCAGAUAUUAUGGGUCAGUCAAAUCAUGGAUA